AAAUUCUGCAAAGGUUACAGGAAGCAAGGUCACAAUGAAGUUGAAUGCAGGAAGAAGAAGUCAUUGAAUCAAUCAAAGGUUGAAGAUGGAAAGUUCUCGCCACGUGAUCCCGUGAAUGACACAGUAGGUGCACAGAAGGAAAUUGCUGAUUUGAGGAAAGGAAAGAAUAUUCAGGGCACAGGAAAGGAAAGGAAUCAAAUCCUAGAAUUUGGCAACCAAACCAGGAAACAUCCGGACACAUUUCAAUUACGAAAAGGAAUGCAGAAACAAGGAGUAUGGAAAGUAAGUACCGAACAGAAGGAAGCAAGCAAAAUAGGAAAUAACGUAGAAAGAAGGUCUAAUAAUGCUCUCCAAAAGGAUAUGGUGAAUAUUGUGGAUAAUAUUUUAGAAUCUACCCCAAUAGUUUUAGAAAUUGGAGAACAUUCGGGCAAUGAUAUGGAAACUACCAACUUGCAGAAUCCUGUAUUGAUUGAGUCUUCCCAAUCAAAGAAGUUACCAUAUGUGGAGAGGCCAGUUGCAGACGAUGGUGAAACUCUUGAUGAGAAUCCCAGGGAGCUUCUUGAAUUGGCAAAGUUCAUGCUUUCGAAAGAGGGGCUUUGUCAACUAGAGGAUUAG